AACCACCUGAUUGUGCUGAUGCUGUUGGUCUUUGAGGCGACAGUGUAUCGUCACCAGGCUCACUAUUACCGGCAGCUGCAGCGCUCCCCCCCCCUCAUACCGUCUCUGUUCCCCGCCGCCAAGAGGGACACGCUGGACAAAGGCCUGCUCCCCUGUUUCAAGUUCCUCCUCAACUACGCCUUUUACAAGCCUGUGUCCUCCACAGCGGACUUUGUCCUGCUGAUGUGUGCGUCCCAGCAGUGGGCGGUGUUUGAGAGGGAGCACACAGAGGAGUGGAUGGUUGUGGUGGGAGAGAACACGGAUGAGCCUGAGCCCAUGGAGGGCCGGCUCUUCAACCCUGCUCCUAACUUCAUCAACUGCAGGAGCUAUCUGGAUAUGGCCAAGGUGUUGGUUUUCCGGUACUUCUUCUGGUUUGUGCUGUCAGUGGUCUUCAUCACAGGGGCCACGAGGAUCUCCAUCUUUGGACUGGGCUACCUUCUGGCUUCCUUCUUUUUCCUGCUGUUUGGAACCAAACUGCUGGUCACGUCGUCCAGGACCCGGCUCAUCCUGUGGGACUGCCUCAUCAUCUAUAAUGUGGCCGUCAUUGUAUCUAAAAACGUUUUAUCU